AUGGGGAAACUCCAAGAUGAAGGGGUCCCUGAGACUUCUCCGCCGCAUCUCAAACCUCCUCUGAUUCAGGGCUGUCGGUCGCAUCCGCAGCUUUCCUCGAAGCUCACAAGGGGGGGACUGAUGGCCGACCCAGAAGCGCCAUACCGUGAUGUGGAGGACGGCGCCGAACCUAGCUCCGAUGAACCAUUCUUACAACAUCACAAGAAGCCCGCAUCGAGUAACCGUAUGCGUCGGGGCCUCUGGGUGCUUGGGUUCCUCUGUGUUGGUGGCUGGGUGCUCGCGUUCGUGCUCUUCCUCACGACGAAACGACCCAGUGCUGCUGCACUUUCUUCUAUAUCGACUGUCGAAAUUCACGAACCGGAGUCUGCGACUGUGGCUCCCCGCAUCGCACGCGAUCGCCUGGAUUGCGGGGCCGAAGGCGAGGAUGGACUUUUGGUUGAGCAGGGAGGAAAUGGAGAUGGAUACCUGCGUGUGGAGGAUAUUCGGAGCCGCAAUAAAGAUGCCCGUGAUACCGAUACCAGAGUCUUGAUGAAGAAGCCUUACUUCUGGGGGGACAACGAGUUGAUCACACCGAAGAAGACAUGGCCGAGUCCGAACCUGGAGAAAGUGUUGAUCGCGUCCGAUGUUCAGUCGAACUGGAGGCAUUCAUUCUAUGCCAAGUACUGGAUUUUUGAUGUGGCGACGCAAACCGCUGAGCCGCUGGACCCUGAUGACCUGAGCAGCCGCGUUCAGCUUGCGAAGUGGUCUCCUUCCUCUGAUGCGAUUGUCUUCAUUCGUGAGAACAACGUAUACUUGCGCAAGCUGUCCUCGACCAAAGUGAUUCCUAUCACCAAGGACGGUAGUGCAGACCUAUUUUACGGUGUACCGGAUUGGGUCUACGAGGAAGAGGUCUUCUCUGGAAAUAGUGGCACUUGGUGGUCCACUGAUGGCAACUAUCUUGCGUUCCUUCGUACUGAUGAGUCAGAUGUACCUGAAUACCCCGUUCAAUACUUCCUCUCUCGAGCCGCUCCCGGACUAGAGAACUACCCCGAAGUUCGCCAGAUCAAGUAUCCCAAGGCCGGGGCACCGAACCCCAUUGUCCACUUGGAAUUCUAUGACGUGGAUAAAGAUGAGAAGUUCUCCUUUGACAUGCCUGAGGAUUUCGCCGAUGACGACCGCAUCAUCAUUGAAGUUGUUUGGGCGUCAGAGGGCAAGGUCCUUAUUCGCGAAACUAACCGCGAGAGCGACGUGGUCAAGAUCUUCUUGAUGGACACCAAGGCCCGGACUGGUAAGCUCAUCCGCUCUGACGACAUUGCAAACCUCGACGGUGGCUGGGUUGAACCCUCGCAGACAACACGCUUCAUCCCUGCUGACCCCGAAAAUGGCCGACCGCAUGAUGGAUACGUGGAUACCGUGAUUUACGAGGGCUACGACCAUUUGGCUUACUUCGCACCCCUCGAGAACCCUGAGCCUGUCAUGCUCACAAAGGGAAAGUGGGAAGUGGUCGCGGCGCCAUCCGCCGUCGAUCUCGACCGCAAUCUUGUAUAUUUCGUUGCGACAAAAGAAGCACCCACCCAGCGUCAUGUAUACCAAGUGAAACUUGACGGAUCCGAUCUUCGAUCGUUGACUGAUACCUCUGGGCCCGGCUAUUUCGAUAUCUCGUUUUCCGAGGGUGCUGGCUAUGCAUUGCUCAGCUCAAAGGGCCCAGCGGCAGUGAUCAACACUCAGGGUGAGGAAGUGGUCUACGAAACUGUCAUCGAGGAUAACUCCAGGCUCGUCGAGAUGGUUGAAGACUAUGCACUCCCUGCGGAAGUUUACUCCAACGUCACGAUCGACGGCUACACCCUGCAAGUCGUUGAACGCCGACCUCCACACUUCAAUCCAGCCAAGAAGUACCCUGUGUUAUUCUUCUUGUACGGUGGACCCGGCUCCCAAACGGUAGAUCGAAAAUUCACGGUCGACUUUCAAUCCUACAUUGCCUCUAGCUUGGGGUAUAUUGUCGUCACAGUCGAUGGCCGAGGAACGGGCUUCAUUGGACGCGAAGCACGCUGUAUCGUUCGCGGCAACUUGGGCCACUAUGAAGCGCAUGACCAGAUCGAGGCAGCUAAAAUUUGGGCUAGCAAGGGAUACGUUGAUGAAUCCCGGAUGGCGAUUUGGGGGUGGAGCUAUGGCGGCUUCAUGACCCUUAAGGUUCUUGAGCGGGAUGCAGGUCAAACAUUCCAGUAUGGCAUGGCUGUGGCGCCUGUCACGGAUUGGAGAUUCUAUGACUCUAUCUACACCGAACGUUAUAUGCACAUGCCCCAGCACAACCCCGCAGGCUUCGAUAACGCAAGCAUCUCGGACGCUGCAGCACUAGGAGAGAACGUCCGUUUCAUGAUCAUGCACGGCGUCUCCGAUGACAAUGUCCAUCUCCAGAACACGCUUGUUUUGCUUGACAAACUGGACUUGGCGAACAUCGACAACUAUGACAUGCAGGUGUUCCCUGAUUCUGACCACAGCAUUUACUUCCACAAUGGACACACAGUGGUCUAUGAACGUCUUUCGAGCUGGCUCAUCAAUGCGUUCAACGGCGAGUGGCAUCGCAUCGCGAACCCGAAGCCGGAAGAGUCGGCGUGGAAGAGAGUCAAGCGCUCUCUGCCACUUCUCUCUGGAUGGUAA